GCCCUCGCCCCGCCGCCGCCGCCGCCGCCGCGGUCGCACCGGCCGCCCCCGGAGAGUCUGAGGAGGCGCGGGCCGCUGCAGGCUCAGGCGCCGCAGCGCGCGGGCCCAAGUCCCGGACGAGGCCCAGGGAGCCGCUCGCCCCGACCCCGCCGCCCCAUGCCCUCAAGAUGGAGGCAGCGGGGGCGGUGGCGUGAAGAAAGCGGCGCUGUGGGCGCGGGAGUAGGGGGCCCGGCGGCCCGGGCGGCGGCGGCGGGAUGGGGCUGCUGCUCAUGAUCCUGGCGUCGGCCGUGCUGGGCUCCUUCCUCACGCUGCUCACCCAGUUCCUGCUGCUGUACCGCAGACAGCCCGAGCCGCCGCCGGACGAGGCGGCCAGCGCAGGCGACGGCUUCCGCUACUCCAAGCCGGUGCCGGGCCUGCCCCUGCGGGAGUACCUCUAUGGCGGCGGCGGGGCUGAGGAGCCCUCCAGCGGGGCGCCCGAGGGCGGUGCGACCCCGGCCUCCGAGACCCCCGCCCCGCCGACGCGGGAGACCUGCUACUUUCUCAACGCCACCAUCCUGUUCCUGUUCCGGGAGCUGCGGGACACCGCGCUGACUCGCCGCUGGGUCACCAAGAAGAUCAAGGUGGAGUUUGAGGAGCUGCUGCAGACCAAGACGGCAGGGCGCCUGCUGGAGGGGCUGAGCCUGCGGGACGUGUUCCUGGGCGAGACGGUGCCCUUCAUCAAGACCAUCCGGCUCGUGCGGCCCGUGGUAGCGUCGGCCACCGGGGAGCCCCAUGGCCCCGAGGGGGAGGCGCUGCCCGCCUCCUGCCCGGAGGAGCUGGCCUUCGAGGCGGAGGUGGAGUACAGCGGGGGCUUCCACCUGGCCAUCGACGUGGACCUGGUCUUUGGCAAGUCCGCCUACCUGUUCGUCAAACUGUCCCGAGUGGUGGGGAGGUUGCGCUUCGUCCUCACCCGCGUGCCCUUCACCCACUGGUUCUUCUCCUUCGUGGAGGACCCGCUGAUCGACUUCGAGGUGCGCUCCCAGUUUGAAGGGCGGCCCAUGCCCCAACUCACCUCCAUCAUCGUCAACCAGCUCAAGAAAAUCAUCAAGCGCAAACACACGCUGCCGAAUUACAAGAUCAGGUUCAAGCCGUUUUUUCCUUAUCAGACCUUGCAAGAAUCUGAAGAAGAUGAAGAGUAUAUCCAUAUACACCAGUGGGCACUUGCUGAAGGACGUCUUAAAGUUACGUUGUUAGAAUGUAGCAGAUUACUCAUUUUUGGAUCCUAUGAUAGAGAAGCAAAUAUUCAUUGCACACUUGAGUUGAGCAGUGGUGUUUGGGAAGAAAAACAAAGGAGUUCUAUUAAGACGGUUGAAUUAAUAAAAGGGAAUUUACAAAGCGUUGGACUUACACUUCGUCUUGUUCAGUCAACUGAUGGAUAUGCUGGGCAUGUCAUAAUUGAAACUGUGGCCCCAAACUCACCUGCUGCAAUUGCAGAUCUUCAGCGGGGAGAUCGACUCAUUGCUAUUGGAGGUGUAAAAAUUACAUCGACACUACAGGUGUUGAAGCUUAUCAAGCAGGCUGGUGACCGAGUCUUGGUGUACUAUGAAAGGCCUGUUGGCCAGAGCAAUCAAGGUACUGUUCUGCAAGAUAAUUUUGGCCAGUUGGAAGAAAACUUUUUGUCAAGCUCAUGCCAACCAAGUUAUGAAGAGGAAGCUGCAGGACUUGCAGUGGAUGCUGAAAAUAGAGACCUUGAUUCUGAAUUUGAAGAUUUGGCAGGUGAUGUCAGAGUACAAAACGAGUUCAAAGAUGAGGCACAGUCAUUAAGUCAUAGUCCCAAACGUACUCCAACAACACUUUCUAUUAAACCUCUUGGCGCUAUAUCCCCAGUUUUAAACCGUAAAUUAGUUACAGGAAGUCACCCACUACCACCAAAAAUUCCAGCCAAAGAAGGAAAUAAACCGCCAGCCCUAAAAACUUCUGAGGUACUAGACCCAGCACAAGUGUCAAAACCCACCCAAGGAUCCACUUUCAAACCACCUGUGCCACCACGACCACAAUUAAAAGUUCCUUUGCCUUCUGCUGACACCCCAAAUCAGGCUGAACCAGACAUUCUUGUUGAAAAGCCAGAGAAGGUGCUUCUUCCUCCUCCUCCUGCAGAUAAAUCUGAGAAGCAAGCAAAAAAUGUGGAUCACAUAGAAGAUGUGACUACAUCUAAGCAGUUUAUAGCAAAGCAAGAAAUGACUAAAGAUUUUACUUCAGAAGGUUCUUGCCCUACUAAAGACAGUUCGGAUGACCAUCAAAUGUGGGAGUCAUCAGAAAUUCUUUAUCGGAAUAAGCUAGGAAAGUGGACAAAAACCAGAGCAUCCUGUUUGUUUGAUAUAGAAGCCUGCCACAGAUACCUGAAUGUUGCACUGUGGUGCAGGGAUCCUUUCAAGUUGGGAGGUCUCAUCUGUUUGGGGCACAUUAGUUUAAAACUUGAAGAGGUGGCUUUAGGAUGCUUAGCUACAUCAAACAUGGAAUACCUUUCAAAAUUCAGACUGGAAGCUCCUGCACCUAAGGCCAUGGUCACUAGAACUGCUUUAAGGAAUCUGAGUAUGCAAAAGGGCUUCAAUGACAAAUUUUGCUAUGGUGACAUUACUAUUCACUUCAAAUAUUUGAAGGAAGGAGAACCAGACCACCAUGUAGUUACUAAUUUAGAGAAAGAAAAAGAACUCCAUUUGGUUGAAGAAGUUUCUAUCCUGCCUAAAGAGGAGCACUUUGUUGGACAGAUGGGUUCAUCAGAAAGUAAACAUAGUUUCCAGGAUACUCAGUUCCAAAACCCAACUUGGUGUGAUUACUGUAAAAAAAAAGUUUGGACAAAAGCAGCUUCCCAGUGUAUGUUCUGUGCUUAUGUUUGCCAUAAAAAAUGUCAAGAAAAGUGUCUAGCUGAGACUCCUCUUUGUGGAGCAACUGAGAGACGAAUAGACCGAACCCUGAAAAACCUUAGGCUAGAAGGACAGGAACCCCUCUUGGGCCUGGCUCCUCGUGUUGAUGCCGAAGCUAACAAGUCAGUUAAUAAAACGACAGGUUUGACAAGGCACAUUAUUAAUACAAGCUCUCGUUUGCUAAAUUUACGUCAAGUCUCUAAAACUCGCCUUUCUGAACCAGGAACCGAUCUCGUAGAACCUUCACCAAAACACACACCCAACACAUCAGACAAUGAAGGCAGUGACACAGAGGUCUGUGGUCCAAACAGUCCUUCCAAACGAGGAAGCAGCACAGGAAUAAAGUUAGUGAGAAAAGAAGGUGGGCUGGAUGACAGUGUUUUUAUUGCAGUUAAAGAAAUCGGCCGUGAUCUGUACAGGGGCUUGCCUACAGAGGAGAGAAUCCAGAAGCUGGAGUUUAUGCUGGAUAAACUACAGAAUGAGAUUGAUCAGGAGUUGGAACACAAUAAUUCCCUUGUUAGAGAAGAAAAAGAGACAACUGAUACAAGGAAAAAAUCACUUCUUUCAGCUGCUUUGGCUAAAUCGGGUGAAAGACUACAAGCUCUCACACUUCUUAUGAUCCACUAUAGGGCAGGCAUUGAAGAUAUUGAAACUUUAGAAAGUCUAUCAUUAGACCAGCACUCCAAAAAAAUAAGCAAGUACACAGAAGAUACAGAAGAAGAUCUUGAUAGUGAAAUAAGCCAACUGAUAGACUCGCAGCCAUUCAGCAGUAUCUCAGAUGACCUAUUUGGUCCAUCCGAGUCUGUGUAACCAACAGGCUGUGUCAGCUUUCAAAUGAUUGGGGAAAAGAUGCAUCUAAAGUACCAUGGAUACAGCCAUGUUUCAGUUCUCUUAUAAUGCACCUCAGCCUGCUGCUCCAGUUAUUUACUUGUAUAAGAAAGAACAGGAAUGAGUUUGUUUUCCAGUAAAAAUAUGACCAGCUCAUUAAUUGGUUGUUUUGGGUUGCAUUUAUAGCUAUGCUUUUUGGGGGGUUUAUACUGGGAAUUUAUUUUUACUAAUUUAUUUUUAACUUUUUCUAAUUAUGUAAGCUAAUUUGUCACAUUUAUGUAUGUGUGGUGUCUCACUGUGUUAUUUUUCCUUCAACUUAGUUUUUGAAUUAGUGUUAAAUAGGAUAUUGUCCAGACUCUUAAUAUUUUCAUUUCCAUCACGGUUAUAACAACAGUUUUGCUGCAUGCCCAAAUUGACAACAGCAAUCUUUGAGGGAACAGGUUUUGAAUCUUUUUGUUUUGUUUUUUGUUUUGAAGUUUGUCAUUUCUACUUGCUUGAGAUUUUUGUUACUUUGGGGCUUUGGGGGGCUUUUUCUUUUGUUUUUGCCAAAUAUAACAUGGAAGCAGAUGCUGCAGUUUUAGUCUGUUAUGAUGAUUUAGUAAAAUUUUUUUUUACAUA